UGAAAAAUUCCGUGCCAGAACAGAUAUUACAAGAGAGAUAGGAGUGAGUAAGUAAGCUCCCAGUACAAAUGCCUUUAAAUGUGAUCUUAAAAUUUUACCAAUUGCCACUGUUCAGAGGAGGCCAAUCAUACUACGCCACGUAUGAUCUUAAAAUCAUACUCCAUGAGGUAAACCCCACCAGAACGCUCCCGCAUCUCUCUUCUCCCUCUACUUGUGCCCGAAUCAAAGAUCUGCAACUCUUUCUCUCUCUCACUGUCUCGUUUUCCCAUGUUUUUUCUCUCUGACUUGCCAUGACGGAACCAACGGAGCCAUCCACCUCAUCUUCAUUGGCGAGGGACCCAAGCACUGUGAUUCAUCCAAGGCGCGAGCCCUUCGAGCACGGUCUCUUGCCAAUCCCACGACUCAUCUUCUCCGACCCCUCGCAAACCCUAAUUCCGUUGAAGCAAAAGCUUCUACAGUUAUCCUCCAACCACCGAGUCGACUCGGUGGCCAUUUCCGACUCACUUCAGAUCUCCAUUGAGCACGCCAGGCUCGUCCUCGACACCCUCGCCUCGAUUCUGCACUCCGACUCCGAACCUCUCACCGCCGCGAAGUUCGGAGAAAUCGAUUCAGUCGGCGUCGACGUGCAUGAUCUGGUAUUGUUUCUCUACAUUCAAUCCUACAAGAGACUCCUCCCGCGGACGCACAAAGACUCCGCCGCCAUCGCCGAUGUCUGGCCUUCUACUUCCGCCUUUGAUGGCUAUUUGUCCGCUCUCUCGCCGCUUCAGGUGGCUCCCUAUAAUACUUUUUAUUCCCAAUUGGAGGAGCAUAUGGACGAAGUUGGAAUUGUGCCCACAGUUAACCGAUGGGAUGAGCCUCUAGCAUUGGGCAUGGUUGAUCCGCAUGAUUCAUUGUCUCAUCCAGCUGGUGUCUCUGAUGUUCAAGCUGAGUCUGCUAUGCGGGUGGACCCAGAUCAGUUCACUUAUUUUGUGAUUCCCAACUGGUUUGGAGGAGAGUCCACUGGGGCUACAAAAGGCAACCCAUUCACGUUACCAGAUGCUUAUAUGGCAUCUCAGAAUAAAAAUCAAAAAAAUUUAGAGGAGAUAAGGCAGCUCUUACGAGAAGCACCUUUAGAAGAAAGUCGCAAACGAGAAUUGUCAUCUGCUCUCCAUGUCUACUUCAGGGACUGGUUAUAUGCUUCCGGAAACAUUCGUCAGCUUUAUUUUCUACAAGGCGAUUAAUCUUUGUCAGACAAUGCAAUGGCACAGUUAAUGGUACAGGAACGAGGUUUCUGGUUUCCUUUUUGCACUUCCUCUUCUAUUCCCCUUGCCAAUUCUAUUGGCGGCAUAGGUAGCUGAGUUCAGACGAGGUGAAUUAGAGUGACGCCUAUUUAUGCCGUGGCAUCAGCGGUGCGUAGAAUCGAUGAAAAAUACAGUUGCUAAUCUCAUUGUAAUAUUUUUUUGGUUGUGAAAAUAAUUUACUGUAAUAUUUUGUUAGCCUAAAUUAAUGGCGCGUUUCCGAAAAUUCCAGCGGCGAACAUCUAGUGUACUAUCAAUCUCCCAACUUCGAUUUUGGUUUACUUG